AUGAUUCAACCGAUACCUUUAGAUUCGGUUCCAUCAACACCAGACACACCCAAACCGCCAUCAAGACAAGCAACCGUUAACAGUUAUGAAAGUAAUAACUCAAACAAAAAAAUAAGAGUCAGAGAACAAAAUCGAAAUUUAAGUAUCAGAAGUCGAAAGAGUGCAAAAAGUUAUCAAAGUCAUAGGAGGGAAAAUCGUUUGCCAUGGGUAUUGGCGCCAUUGGCAAGAAGGGUAUUGCAAAAAACACAGAGUUUAGUAUCGAUAAAAAUGCCACCAUCAAACCCACUUUCUGAAGAGGAAAUCGAUAAAAAGUUAGGAGAAAUUUAUGAUAUAGCGAGAACUGACACGUCAAGACCGAAAACUCUUCAGCCAUUUUGGGAUCAGUAUUGUGAUUGGUUAAAAUUUGGGAAAGAUCAUGAGGAUUCACAAUCCCAAAUUGAAUAUUGGACGGCGAAAGAUGGAUUUCUUGAUCUCAAUAAAUUGUUAAAAGAAUCAAAACGCGCACCAAUUUCCAGAACGAAAUUUCAAUCUCAUAUGAAAUUACCAGAUCGCGUUAGAUAUCUAAGUACUUUAUCAAAUAAUCUUUUAAAUACCAAACUAGGAAUUUUAACAUAUUUUCAAGUCAUCUUUUUGUUAUUACAAUAUACAUUGAAUAUCGUAUUUAUAUCUCAACAAUUAAAUGAUGUGAUUAAUUUUAACGCUGAUUCGUUACAAGAAUCUGUCAGUAAAGGUAUCAAUCUACCCAAGACAAGAGAGGAAUACAUCAAAUCAUCAAUUGGGAUUGGAUAUCUUCUUGAAUUUUCAUUUUUAGCCACUUUAAUAUUCACAACGAUACUUCAAUUAAUUACAUUCAUCACAACGACUUCUAUCAUGAAUAAGGGAAUCGUAUUUUUAAAUUUUAUCGUGAAUAUACAAAAAACUGCAGAAUUUUCAUUAUUUAAAUUCAUUCAUUUAUUAAAUCCAUCAUCUUAUAUAAUGAAAUUUCAUGAACCUCCUUUAUUAGAUUUUAUAUCAAAUGCGGUUAAAUUUACAUUACGUAAACCAACAUAUGAACCAAAAGUUGUGUUAAUUUAUAAAUUAUUUUACACCUUCAUAGUCAAACCAAUAUUUUCAUUAUUAGGUUUAAUGGCCCUUUACAUCAAAUUACUUCAAGUUUCCACUUCUUUAGAAUGGUUAAAUAGAUUAAAUUAUGAUACUUCAGUAUUCGUUGAAAGUUGGAAUAAUUAUAACUAUAUUUUAAAUUUUUUGGGUUUGGCCAAUAACAUUGCUGGUCUAUAUGGUCUACAACCUCAUGAAGAAAGGCAAGCUUUCUUUGUCAAUCAUAAAAUUUUUGAAUUCGAUUUUGUUUAUUCUUUACUUGAACAUUUUCAGGAAAAUCAAUUUUAUAAGGGUUAUUGGAACCUUACUUUGUAUGCUGUUGGCAUCGAUUAUAAAGAUUUAAUUGAAAUAUUUUGGGAAGAGGUUUAUGGUCCUGAUACUGUUGAAUCUAUUGAAAUGAUUUUCGUAACUGAUCCAGUUGAAAUCAUCUCAACGGAAUCAUGA